AUGAAGAUCACCGCACGUCAAAAUGUCAAGGACUUCUGGACCGAAAGAAACCGUAGAUCCCGCAUGUACAAUAACCCCACCACCUCAGACAUAACCAUCCACUUCAGCGGCCACUCCAUCCACGCACACACAGCCAUCCUCUCCGAACACUCCGAAGUCUUUUUCUCCGCUUUCCAAGGCCCCUUUGCCAAAUCCACUUCCUGCACCAUCUUAUCCGAAGACUACGAAACUCAAGCCGUAGAAGCCCUUCUCAAACACAUCUACUCACUUCCCUAUGAAGAACCUGUUGAUCUAGAAGUGGAUUUGCAGUGGUACUUGCAACUAUAUCUUAUUGCAGUCGAGUACCGCGUUGAGAGUGUUGAAUCCAGGGUUGUAGAGUUGAUUAGGACGGAAGCGUUUAUGAGCAAAGAGAUUGCCGAUGAUGAGGAAAUCUUCGAUGAUUGCUGGCAUCAAAUCAAAAAUCUGUAUACCUUUAACUCUCUACCCAUGCUUUUAUCCGACAUGUGCUUUCAGCUCUACAAUCAACGCUCUCGCUACAAAGGUAUCAGAGAAGAAAGCAAGCGCGAAAAAGAAUGGAGAAAAAGACAGGCAAGCACUGGCAAAAAUAUCAGNAUUGCGAAUCUGCGAGUGGAGAAUUUGGAGUUGGAAAGCAGGGAAAAUUGGAUGAGUGUGGGGCUUAGAAAGGAUGUUGCUGAGGUGAGUAAGAGGGAGAAGAAAAAGGCGAGUUGUGAGAAGAAGACGAGGUCUAGAAAGCAUAGACAUGCUCAUCAUGGGCGUAUGGGGUUUCUGGCGGAGCGAGGAGAAGAGGAGGACUGA